CAUGGAAAAGGACAGCGCUCUCCGAAAUUAUGUGGCACUAACUACCCAGUUAGCAUUGCCUUCAUUGCGGUCAACGAGUUCUGUGAAAGAUUCUCUUACUAUGGAAUGAAAGCUAUCAUGGCCCCUCAUGGUGCUCACACUUUACUCCAUGUCUCCAUCCACUGCCUGAACUGGGACAAGAAUCUGUCUACAGCUGUGUACCACGCUUUCUCAAGCCUGUGUUACUUCACUCCGCUUCUGGGGGCCGUGAUAGCUGAUUCAUGGUUGGGGAAGUUCAAAACCAUCAUCUAUCUGUCUAUAGUCUAUUAUGUGAUUGGCCAUGUGGUCAAGUCCGUCGGUGCCAUUCCUGAUGUGGGGGACAGCACUCUUCAUAUAGUUUUGUCAAUGCUUGGUCUGGUCCUCAUAGCUUUUGGGACAGGAGGGAUCAAACCAUGUGUUGCAGCAUUUGGUGGUGACCAGUUUGAUGAAUAUUUGAUGAUAUAUAUAUA